AUGCUUGAACCUCACGGUAGCCCAAUGAAGUGGCCGGGUACGGGAGUGGAAGAAGAGGCGGGCGAAGCAGCUUUGCAGAGCGCUCGCGCCCCACAAACUCGUACCCAAGAUGAUGCCGCUGUUCAUUACGUAUUUCAAAGAGAGUCUCAAGAAGCUGAGUUGCCUUCAUUAACUCCAAAACAACGUUGGGCAGUCGGCGACGAUCCAUUAACUGAAAAUCAAGAUAAAUGGAAGAAUCCUACAACAAUCACUAUGAAUAAUAUGCAGCAACAAGGCCCUAAUGUGCCUUUAAAAAAUUCCCAAACAAAUCAACAGCAAUUCAUUAAUCAAGCUAUAGCUUCCUCUGUAGGAACCUUGGCUAUAAACCCAUCAGUAAUUGGAAGCCAUCCAGCACAUCUGGCUACUAAUAUGGUUCAUACUCAACUGGCACCUUUGCAAAAUCACACUUUGGGAAAUAAUAUGACUAUACAAAACAAUGCUAUGAUGCUUCAACCUCUUCAAGGUAUGCAAAAUGCUCAAUUGGGGCAACAAGGGUUAUAUGAUAUACACCAACACCCUGGAACACCAAUGCAAGCCAUGAAUGGUAUUGGUAAAAGUGCAGAACAUCUAAUGUAUUUAAGUCAAGCUGGAAUGCUUGCACCAGGGACUAAUCAGUUCUUGCAACAAGGUCAAAACCAGCUUGGUCUCACAUCUGUUCCAGGUAUCAGAAAUCAGAUUGCACCUGCUGCGAAAAAACUUUGGGAUAAAGGCCCCGGCGCUGGUGGUGACAGCAAAGGCCCACCGCACCUCCCUCCUCUACAACUGAAUCCAGAGCAGAUGUGGCGAGACCCAACAUGGUCUGCUCAAGCUGUUGAGCAUAAUGUGGGAGUGCCGAUGAUGAGCACGCGACGAGGAGUCGCAUUUCCCGGUGGAGAUGCAGGCAGUAUUUUGUCUCCUCGAGAUACAGCUGGACUUGGAGUCAAGAUGGUUGAAUAUGUAUUGGGAGGAUCUCCCACAGAAGCUGGAGGAGUUGCAACCGGUGGUGGGGGUGAGAAAGUAGCCGGUGUUGUAGCGGGUUUACGAGGAAUGGUUCUUGAGGAGCGUCCCGAAGAUAAGUCAGCAUCGCCAUUCGAAAAAGAUCUUCACGAACUUCACGAGCAUGGACCUUUACCCAAUGGACUUCAUAAUGGUCAAGAAGACGACAAAGCCUUCAACCGUACGCCUGGAUCUCGACAACCGUCUCCGGCCGAGGAGGAGGCAGGCGUUGGACCAGCGGUCCGUAACGGUGACGCAGCCGCUUUCCAACUGUUGCCGCCGCACCAUCUGCCACAGCAGCCGCCUUUGCAUCAUCUGCCGCAUCUCUCGCAUCCCCAGCCACACCCUGGAAUGUUAGGUGUCGCGCCCCUUCAAGGAUUGCCUCAUCAGCAUCCACAAAUUCACCCUGGCAUGACAUUAAACGACUCUAUGAAUCAGCACAUUGAACUCGUUUUACAAAUGGAGCAGCAUCCACAGUUUGACAACAAUAGUUUUGCUAGCACACAACAAGUAAAUUACGGCGGUGUGGGUGGCGUGGGCGGUGUAGGCGGCGUGGGCGGCGUGGGCGGUGUGGGCGGCGUGAGUGGCGCGGGUGGAGGCGUGGCGGCGGGCGCGGGCCUCGUUAACGGUGCCGCCGCGCUGCCCGCGCCCGACUCUGCUCAACACCACCAGCCAUUCGAUGUCCAGCAAUUGUUCCGGUCACAGCAAGCGGCGGCAGCGGGCGGUCAAGCGGCAGCGGCACAAUUACAAUUACUACAGCAGCAACAACAACAACAAUUUCAAAUACAACAGCAGCUAGCUGCUCAACAAGCUUUCACUCAAGCUCCGUAUGUUAUAAAUGCAGGCCAAGAAGGCGCACCAUACGUAAGCGCGCUGAUAGCGGGUGUACCCCCGUACUAUGGAGUGGCAGCGCCUUGGGGCGUCUAUCCUGGGCUAGUUGCCCAACCAGCCCAGCAACAAGCGCAACAGCCAAGAAGGCCGCUGACUCCCCAGCAGGGGGAGCAGCAGGUGAACGGUCAAGGACAAUAUGUGAUACCGUACUAUGAUCCCGGUUCUCUGGUAAUGGGCGGUCGCAAUGGUACACCGCUGCGGUUGGUGUCGCCAGGCGGCGUUCUCGCCCCACGUCAGUAUCAACCGGCGCCUGCACAUCCAGCCGCCACAGCCGCACCGCCCGCCGGCGCGCAACCGCAGCCGCAACAACCUCAACCUGGCGCUGGUGGUGCGCGACGAGACUCUCUGGAGUUUGGCGGCGGUGGGCCGGCGGCGGCGCUGCAGGAGUAUGCCCGCAAAUGGGGACCCUCGCCGCUGUCGCCGCCCCUCGGCGCCGCGCUCGGGCCCGUUGGCCUCCGACCCGUCUCCGCCGCACCCGGUGCAGAAACUGCCAAGUACAGAGCUGUAAGCAGUUUAGCCCAAGGGCUUACAAGCAAUGGAAUGUUCGGCUCCUCAUCCUCAUUACUCAGCAAACUAAGCGGAGUGGGCACAAUCUCAGAACUGGUGGGUGGCGGUGUGAGCGCAGUGGGCGGGGUGAGCGUGGGCGUGGGUGGCGGCGUGGGUGGGGUGGGCGUCCUGGUGGGUGACAAGCCAGCUGCGGGACGCUCGCGCCUGCUCGAAGACUUCCGCAACAACCGCUUCCCCAACUUACAACUACGUGACCUAGCUAACCACAUAGUCGAGUUCUCGCAGGACCAACACGGCUCUAGGUUUAUUCAACAAAAAUUAGAAAGAGCCACAAUACAAGAGAAACAAAUGGUAUUCAACGAAAUAAUCGGGGCCGCCUAUAGUCUAAUGACAGAUGUUUUUGGAAAUUAUGUGAUACAAAAAUUUUUCGAGUUUGGUACUACAGAACAGAAAACUACGUUAGCACAAAAGGUGCGCGGGCACGUGUUGGCGUUGGCGUUGCAGAUGUACGGAUGUCGCGUGAUACAGAAGGCGCUCGAGUCCAUCCCCGCCGAGCAGCAGCAAGAGGUGGUGCGCGAGCUCGACGGACACGUGCUCAAGUGCGUCAAGGAUCAGAACGGCAAUCAUGUGGUACAAAAGUGCAUAGAGUGCGUGGAGCCGACGGCGCUACAGUUCAUAAUAAACGCGUUCGCCGGUCAAGUGUACGCGCUGUCGACGCACCCGUACGGAUGCCGCGUCAUACAACGCAUCCUCGAACACUGCACGCCCGACCAGACCGCGCCCGUACUCAGUGAACUGCACGCGCACACAGAUCAACUCAUACAGGACCAGUACGGCAACUACGUGGUGCAGCACGUGCUGGAGCACGGCGCGGCGGAGGACCGCGCGCGCCUGGUGGCGGCGGUGCGCGGGAAGGUGCUGCAGCUGUCGCAGCACAAGUUCGCCUCCAACGUGGUGGAGAAGUGCGUCACGCACGCCACGCGCAACGAGCGGGCGCUGCUCAUCGACGAGCUGUGCGGGUUCAAUGACAAUCGUGCAUUUUUCAGUGCCCUCCACGUGAUGAUGAAGGACCAGUACGCGAACUACGUGGUCCAGAAGAUGAUCGACGUGGCGGAGCCGACGCAGCGCAAGGUGCUGAUGCACAAGAUCCGGCCGCACAUCGGAUCGCUGCGCAAGUACACGUACGGCAAGCACAUAAUAGCGAAGCUGGAGAAGUUCUUCAUGAAGACGCCCGAGCUCGGGCCCAUCGGCCCGCCGCCGCCCAACCCGGUCCUGUAG